AUGAUUGCCUAUCUACUCCUUGCUCUGAUUGCCUUGGUGUGCAGAGUAGCUGCCCAGGUUGGACCUACCAUCACCUUCCCUCACGAAAAUGGUACUAUUGUUGCUGGAGAAACCGUUGAAAUCAAAUACGAUUAUCCCAACAUGGGCACAGGCAAUUACAGUGUCGACAUUGCUCUCUGGGCAGAUGCCUCGGCUACUCAAAACCUUUUAAAUAUUACCACCAAUGAAGUCAUUCCCUCUGGAAACUCGACUGGAUUUACCCUGGCAUUUAACCUCACUUCAACAUACAAAUGGAAAGUUCCUAAUGGACUCAACGAAACUGUUUAUUUAACUGUGACCGAGUACGCCAAAACCAGCUUCUUUUUCCCAGAACAGCGUUCAGCACCCAUGAUGCUCCAUGUCAGUGCUGCAUUUGCCUUUUUACCUUUUCCUGCCGUUUCUUUAUUCUUUGUGUCGAUGGUUAUUCUUUACUUUGGCAAUCUAUAAUCUUAUUACUCUAUUUAUUUUAAUUAGUAUUUUCCCCCUACCCUAUACAAAAUAUAAAUAUAUAAAAUCUGUUCAAAAGAAGGCUUUUUAUCCUUAUUUUAAGAACCUUUUGAAAAUAAAUAAU